CUCACCUGGGCGCUCACCUGUGCGCGGGCGCUUCCGCAGGAAGAAGGAAGCGGCACCACGUUCGUCUCCUGCCCUCCCCUCCCGGCCUCCGGGUCCUCCCGCCGCCACCAUGUCUGCCUCGGCUGUCUUCAUCCUCGACGUCAAGGGCAAGCCCCUGAUCAGUCGCAACUACAAAGGUGAUGUGGCCAUGAGCGAGAUAGAGCACUUUAUGCCUCUGCUCAUGCAGCGGGAGGAGGAGGGCGCCCUGGCCCCACUGCUGAGCCAUGGCCGAGUCCACUUCCUGUGGAUUAAACACAGCAACCUCUACUUGGUAGCCACCACACUGAAGAACGCCAAUGCCUCACUCGUGUACUCCUUCCUCUACAAGACAGUGGAGGUAUUCUCUGAAUACUUCAAGGAGCUGGAGGAGGAGAGCAUCCGAGACAACUUUGUCAUCGUCUACGAGCUACUGGACGAGCUCAUGGACUUUGGCUUCCCCCAGACCACAGACAGCAAGAUUUUGCAGGAGUAUAUCACACAGCAGGGCAACAAGCUGGAGACAGGCAAGUCUCGGGUGCCGCCCACUGUCACCAAUGCUGUGUCCUGGCGCUCCGAGGGCAUCAAGUACAAGAAGAAUGAGGUCUUCAUCGACGUCAUAGAGUCUGUCAACCUGCUGGUGAGCCCCCACACCUCCACCCUGUCUGUGCCACGGUCUGGGGGCAGGAGAGAGGACCCUCUGCCUGCUAACCCCCUAUCAUCAUGCCUGCAUCCUCAGGUCAAUGCUAAUGGCAGUGUCCUGCUGAGCGAGAUUGUGGGCACCAUCAAGCUCAAGGUGUUUCUAUCAGGAAUGCCAGAGCUGCGGCUUGGCCUCAAUGACCGAGUCCUCUUUGAGCUCACUGGCCGGAGCAAGAACAAAUCCGUGGAACUGGAGGAUGUGAAAUUUCACCAGUGUGUGCGACUUUCUCGUUUUGACAAUGACCGCACCAUUUCCUUUAUCCCACCGGAUGGUGACUUCGAGCUCAUGUCUUACCGCCUCAGCACCCAGGUCAAGCCGCUGAUCUGGAUUGAGUCUGUCAUUGAGAAGUUCUCCCAUAGUCGUGUAGAGAUCAUGGUCAAGGCCAAGGGACAGUUUAAGAAGCAGUCGGUGGCCAAUGGUGUGGAGAUAUCUGUGCCAGUACCCAGUGAUGCUGACUCCCCACGUUUCAAGACCAGUGUGGGCAGUGCCAAGUACGUGCCCGAGAAGAACAUUGUGAUUUGGAGUAUUAAGUCUUUUCCGGGGGGCAAGGAGUACCUGAUGCGUGCCCACUUUGGCCUCCCCAGUGUGGAGAAGGAGGAGGAAGAGGGCCGACCACCCAUUGGGGUCAAGUUUGAGAUCCCCUAUUUCACUGUCUCCGGGAUUCAGGUCCGAUACAUGAAGAUCAUUGAGAAAAGCGGUUACCAGGCCCUGCCCUGGGUCCGCUACAUCACCCAGAGUGGUGAUUAUCAACUUCGUACCAGCUAGAAUGGAAAUGAUGUAGGGGCUUGAACAUGGGCCUCCCUCUCCAUAGGCCCUGACUGCAGACUUUAGAGAGAGGGAAAGAAGGUAGGGAAGGUGUGUGUGAGCAGGCUGCUUGUUGGCUUAGCAGUUUCUUGCUUCCUGCUCCCAGACCCUGGGCCCCACCCCCCAGUCUUGUUGUCUACCCAUAGACUGGGAGGGAUGGUCUCCCUCCUAUCUCUGCCUUCCAGCUCCUACACUUCCACUUUCAUAUCAAGAGAGGAGGGGCUUUGAAGUCCCUCCAGGAGUGCCUUCUUGCAGUAACUUGCCUUAGGGGAUGUGGGGGCCCCUCCUCCUUCACAGCUGCUGAGCCCAGAGGCCUCUCUGGCCCACUCUUCUGCAUUUUAGGAUGGCAUUAAAAAGAUGAAUUUAGCCUU